UUCCGAUAAAAUAACGCACCCAAUUACCGAAUAACAGAGACAUUUUUUGCUGGGCUCAGCAGACAUCUCUCUCAAAAUGUUGUCGUUCAAAGUGUUGAGCUGCUUUUUACUUUUCAGUUUGGGCUCUUUAAGCAUUAAAGGGGAUAAUAAUUGCGAUACCAAAACCGAGAUAGUGUGCUACUAUGGAAGCUGGGCAAUUUACAGGCCGGACAUUGGUCUUUUUUCCACUGAAAAUAUCGACCCCAACUUGUGCACCAGAAUCGUCUACACAUUCAUCGGUCUCGAUAUCAAUUUGAAACUAACGUCUAUCGAUAGUUACAGCGAUAUCGAUCUUGGUGGUUUCAAAAAUGUCACCUCCCUGAAGGAAAAGAAUCCUUGCCUCAAAGUGGUAGUUGCAAUCGGAGGAUGGAACGAAGGUUCACUGAAGUACUCUGUGAUGGCUUCGACGGCGACAUCUCGCGAGGAAUUCGCCAACAACGCGUUAAAGUUCUUGGCCUACUACGGGUUCGACGGACUCGAUUUGGAUUGGGAAUAUCCGGGAUCCAGAGGCGGGAUAUCCGACGACAAAGGGAAUUUCGCCCUGCUGUUGGGCGCAGUUCGGGAAAAAUUUGAACCGUGGGGAUUCCAACUUAGCAUAGCCGUUUCGAUCGACGAGAGUAUCGCCGCAGCCGCCUACGAUGUGUCUGCGAUUAACGGGCUGGUAGAUUACGUACAUUUAAUGGCUUAUGACUACACGACGGGCACUUCGGACGUAACUGGACUGAUAGCACCUCUUAGUGCCAUUAAAACGUCAGUCAACUUUUGGUUGGACCAAGGUUUGUCGGCGUCGAAACUGGUGCUGGGAAUACCGACGUACGCUAGGUACUUCGUUUUGGAAGACGAGAACAAUCACGACCUAGGUGCCCCGGUGGAGGAAAAAAAGUAUGGCGGAACCUACACCGGCGAAGACGGUUUCUUGGCUUACUACGAGAGAAAGAUGUUAAUGGCGAGUUACCCCAACUGCAAGACGGUGACAGAAGACAGCAACGUGUAUUCUUAUUGCGAAGACGAAUGGAUGACCUACGACACCGAGGAAACGGUCGCAGUCAAGACUCAGUACGCAUUGGAUCUGAAACUUGGUGGUGUUAUGGUAUGGUCUUUGGAUACGGACGAUUUCAGCGGAUAUUAUGGGACAAAAUACCCCCUUCUCACCGCUAUAUACCACACAAUUAACGGUUCGUAACAUAAAAAUGUAAUUUUGUAAUAUUUGAUCAAAA